AUGUGUUGGUACAACGACUUUUACGUCGACGAUCUUCUUAGUGGUGCUGAUACAGAAGAAGAAGUUCAACAGAUUCGGAGUCAGCUGGUUGAGAUGCUUGGUAGCGCUGGCUUCAGAAUUCGAAAAUGGGCUUCGAAUGCGGCAAAUGCCUUGAAAGAUGUUCCGAAAGAAGACCUAGCUGUGAGCGAAGAAGUGAAUAUUGAAGGAGCAGGUGUUGGCACGUUAGGACUGGUGUGGAAGCCAAACCUCGAUAUCUUCAGCAUUCGGGUACCGGUUAUAGAUACAUCCAAGCCGAUUACGAAACGGAACGUGCUGAGCAAUCUGGCCAAGAUGUAUGAUCCUCUUGGAUUUUUAGAUCCGAUCAAGAUGAAAGGGAAACUACUGAUGCAAACCCUAUGGACACUGAAGGAGCCUAAUGGAAGAACGUGGUCGUGGGAUGCAGAACUACCAGAGAAGAUCCAAUCAGAGUACAGUGUAUUCUCCGGCAAGUUGAACCUGUUGGAUGGCAUUGUCGUUCCACGGUACCCGAAGUUGGGCACCAAUUGGCAAUAUCACAUUUUUUGUGAUGCUUCCGAGCGAGGCUACGGUGCGUGUGUCUACAUUCGAAGCGGCUCAGUUACGAAAGGAUUCAAUAUCAGUUUGAUCAUAUCAAAGUCGAAGGUGGCACCGUUAUCGAAAAAACUGGUGAUCGCGAGGUUGGAGUUGUGCGGAGCACUUUUGGCGAGUCGGUUGUAUCAGUUCAUUCGUAAUGCACAGCUGCAAGAAGCACCAUGUUUCAUCUGGACGGAUUCGAUGACCACUUGGCACUGGAUAAAUGGGUCCCCGCAUACCUGGAAGACGUUUGUGGCCAAUAGAGUAGCUAAGAUCCAGACCCUGACAAAGCAUUGCGUUUGGCGACAUGUGCCUGGGUUGCAGAAUCCAGCUGACCUCGUGUCACGAGGUUGUGAUCCAGAUGAUUUCUGCAAGAACUCGCUGUGGUGGUCGGGGCCAGAAUGGUUGGCACUAAAUGAAGAAAAUUGGCCGGACCCACCUGAGACAGGAGCAUCACCGGAGAUAGUGACAAUAGCGAUUGAAGAGGAGCGAGCUGCAGCCAGUGCAUCAACUGAGUCGUCAGAAAAGAAGAAAAUGUUUAGUGAACAUUUGUUCAAGCGAAUAUCGUCGUACACUACUCUAUGUCGAGUUGUAGCAUAUUGUAUGAGAUUUGGGACGGCGAUGAAAUCGAAACGAAAGCAGCUUUCUACGAGUCUGUCAACGGAGGAGAUAUUAAAUGCUGAAAUUCGCAUAAGUCGGUUGGCUCAAGUGGAAGAAUUUUCGGAAGAGAUAAAGCAGUUGCGAAAGGGUGAUCGAGUGCCUGGAAAGUCACCAUUAUCAACGCUUGCCACUUAUCUGGACGACCAUGGUUUAGUACGAGUGAAGGGGAGGCUGGAUAAUUCAUCAUUGAGCGACUGGACGAAACAUCCGAUAGUUAUCCCGAAGACGCAUCAGCUAUCAGAACUAAUUCGGUACAAGAGUGGAGCAGCUCGAGUCGUAUCACCUGGCGAUUUAUUCCUCCUCGUGCUCCGCAUUUCGGUGGACUGUGGGAAGCAGCGGUACGUUCAAUGA